AGGCAAGUUCCCGAGAGAACUGUGAUUAAGCAGAGAUUCAGUCACCGGAACGGCAUACCGGAGAGAUUUACUGCGAUUCCCGCGGCAGAGCAAUGAAUUGGGAAGAGGAUGAGGAGAGGCUUCUGCCGUCGCAGAGACCGGAGUGGUCGGACGUCAGUCCUCUCCCUCAAGACGACGGUCCAAACCCUGUGGUUCCGAUCGCUUACAAGCCGGAGUUUGCGGAGACCAUGGACUACUUCCGCGCCGUCUACCGCGCUGAUGAGCGAUCCCCUCGCGCCCUUCAGCUCACUCACCAAGCCAUCCUCCUGAAUCCCGGCAACUACACUGUAUGGCAUUUCAGGCGUUUGAUACUGGAGACAUUAAGUAAAGACCUGCAUCAGGAACUGGAUUAUGUUUCCAAGAUUGCUGAGAAGAACUCUAAAAAUUAUCAGAUAUGGCAUCAUAGGCGCUGGCUUGCAGAGAAACUCGGUCCUGAUGCUGCUGGUAGAGAACUUAAGUUCACCGAGAAGAUACUCUCUGGUGACGCUAAAAAUUAUCAUGCAUGGUCCCACAGGCAGUGGGUUCUGCAAUCUCUGGGGGGAUGGGACGAUGAGCUAGAGUACUGCCACGAUCUACUUGAAGAGGAUAUUUUCAAUAACUCAGCUUGGAAUCAGAGAUACUUCGUCAUAACAAAAUCUCCUCUCCUGGGAGGCCUCCAAGCCAUGAGAGAGUCAGAAGUGAAGUACACGGUUGCAGCGAUUCUAGCUAACCCCGAGAACGAGAGUCCAUGGAGGUAUCUCAGAGGUCUCUACAAAGACGACCCAAAGUCAUGGAUUCAUGAUCCUCAAGUCUCAACUUUGUGUCUAAAGGUGUUGACUAGCGGUGGUACCAACCAUGUAUUCGCUUUGAGCACGGUUCUCGAUCUUCUGAGUCAUGGGUUACAGCCAAGCCGAGAGUUGAGGGAAGCUGUGGACACGUUGAAUCCUGCUAGUUCUGGCCUAGAUUCACAGGAGAACAGUAGCAGCACCAAUGACAGUUUGGGAAAUACAAUUUGUUCUGUGUUGGAGCAUGCUGAUGCCAUGAGGGUAAACUAUUGGAGAUGGCGGAAAAGCCAGCUGAUUGUGUAGAACUAAAUCCGAUGAAGCUGUUUGUAAAGUACUUGAUCAGAAGAAAACAAAUUCUCCUUA